ACACACACACAUAUCAUCAGAAGACCUUCAAGUCGCUCUGGAGAAAGAAGCGUCGUCAUCGUCGAUAGCCAUGGCCGGAAAGGAAGAGGUGAAGCUCUUGGGAAUCGUAGGAAGCCCAUUUGCAAGCAGAGCAGAGAUAGCUCUGAAACUGAAGGAAGUGGAAUAUGAAUACGUUCAUGAAUCUGUGAACAAGAAAAGUGAUCUUCUUCUAAAGUACAAUCCAGUUCACAAGCUGGUUCCUGUGCUGAUUCACAAUGAGAAACCUAUUUGUGAGUCACUUGUGAUUGUUGAAUACAUUGAUGAGACUUGGAAUAAUAAUGGUCACCCCUUCUUGCCUUCUGAUCCUCACCAAAAAGCCUUGGCUCGUUUCUGGUCUAAGUUCAUCGAUGAUAAGGUUACGCCUGCUGUAUUUAAAGCAGCAUGGAACCCUAAUGAGAAAGAGAGAGAGAAGUGUGUUGAAGAAUCAAUGGAUGCUUUGAAGGCCCUAGAAAAUGAGGUCAAAGGCAAAUUCUUCAAUGGAGGUUCAAUUGGGCUUGUGGACAUAGCUGGUUUGUUUGUGGCUUAUUGGCUGCCUGUAGUUCAAGAAGCUGGUGGUCUUGGUUGGUUCAAUGGUGAGAAAUUUCCAAAGCUUGAGAAAUGGAGCUAUGAGAUUCUGAAUCACCCAACAAUCAAAUUGGCUUUACCUCCCAGAGAUGAUCUUCUUGCAUAUGCCAAAACUCAAUUUCAAAUCAUUCAUGCUUCAAAGUAAUUAAAUAAUACAAGAAUGACAAUUAAGAACCUUGAAAGAAAAUUAAUACAAAAUGAGGACCUGCUUAUAUCUAAAUCAUCAAAUUUUAUAAACUUAAAUAUUCUUAUUUUGCAUUAAUCUUCUAACAAGAUCCUUACUCUUGUUAUUUUUUCAUUUAUCUGUGACCCAACUUUGAGUCAAUAAUUAAUUAUCAAGUGUUGUUAGUUCAUGUCAUAAUAAAAUAUGUACAGCAAGUCUUUGCUCUUGUAAGGCAGCCACGUAAUGUGUUUGGUUUAUGAUAUCAUAAUAAAAUUUUA